AUAACCUUUAAAUUAAUGAAAAGUAAUUUUCCAUUAAUUAAACUGUAAUUUGGAUGUAUUAGCCGUCUCAAAAAUUUCGCUAUGCCGUUCGUAAAGGACUCAUCGUAUCGCGACAUGCCAAGUUCUUCAGAAAUAGCCAACGAGGAUUACCACGAGUUUUUGUCACUGAAGAAGCUGAUAGUGAAGAUUACCAAGCAGCAGCACUCCGUCUUCCGGUGCAGGUCCAUUGGGAUCCUCUCCAGCCAGGGCCAGGGCUACACUUUGCGUGAUAUCGACGACAGCUCAAUAGAGGUCCGCGUGUCCCUGCGCUACAUUAAAGCGCUUGUUCCGUACGCGGGGAGACCUGCCACUGCGCAUAUACUUGGCUUCGUCCAUUGGUCAUCCGGAGCGCCCGUUUUAUACGCCAUCUUUGUCAAGGACGUCUUUCCGCCUCUAGCUCACAAACUCUUUACCACCAUGGAAUGGAUAGUCAACAACCAUAAGGCAAUUAACCCGGAAAGAAGGAGAAAGGACGAAUAACAAAUUCAUAAGGACGAGUAUUAUCAUACUCGUCAGCAAGCGGAGUCCCACGCAGGCCUCCAGCGGCCUCCAGUCACCCCGACAAACCUCAUGUUCCUUCCAUACACGGGCUACCCAUAUUUUAGAUGUACAUGCACCGAUAACGAAGA